AUGUCCAGCAAGGAGACGCCGCCAAACUUUGAGUUGAGUUGCGACUCUGCGAGAGGAACAAAAUGCUUUCUGGGAAGGGCGUCAAGCAUCCAAAUUAUACGAAGACGGAACCACCAUUGUUGGCUUGACUUUCCAGUUACAAAGGCCACAUCUAGGCUGCUUUGGUGCUUGGCUGUGUUGAUUGCAUUGGACCUCAUCUCCAUACGGUAUACCCCCAUGGAUCAACAGACACUUUGCUUUUUGCCACAAUGGGUUCUGGUUCUCUUGCUAAAUGGUUGUUUUGCGGAUAAGUGCAAGGAAAGCCUGAAUCGACACAAAGAAUACCUAAGAAAGCACCAGCCCAAUCUGUGCAUGUACGUCAGUAAGAGAGCAUACACCUCCCUAAGAAAGGUUGAGGUACUGUCAACGAAGAUUACCCCAGUGAAGGAGACAUCUCAAGUUGUUGAGGCUGGUGAUGCCAGUGCUGUGUAGCUUCAGUUCUUCGCAUUGUGCCAACUAUUAAAAUUCUUCCACCUCACAAUCUGCAGUUAUUAGAUGAUGAGGAUUGUUGGUCUCUGCUUGCUAAGGGCAGACUUUGAAGGGAAUGGCAGGAAAUAAUGAAGAAAUGUAAUGGCUUGCCUUUAGCUACAAAAACCACUUGUUGGAGAAUUUUGCUACAGAAUGGAGGAUGCCAAUUCAUUCAAGGUUGAGAAGAGCUCGACAUCCAUCAUAUGCAAGGGCAGAGCUCGACACUAGUAUCAUAUGGGAGGGCAUAUAUUAGAUAAACAUUUGAGAACCUUUUUGUUGUGUUUAGUGCAUGGUUUAGUCCAUUAAGCAUAUUGGGAAUGGUAGUUUCACAGCUGGUGGUCGAUUCUUGCCAGGUAAAGUUUUGAUCGAGAAAACCGUGGAUUCAAAGCUUCGUUCGUGGUAUUCGAUAGAGAAGAUGGGGGAAUGGUAGCUUCACCCAACCGCUUCUAGGUAGAAUCGUGCUUUUGACUGCAUUGAUAGCGCCGAACAAUUAUCUAGCGAUAAUUAAUCCAUGCUAGAAACUACUACUAAAUACGAAUUAAAAAGAAAGCGCCUGGUAUCGAAGUUAGAGAAGAACUUGAAAAGUUGUGUUGCCUUUUAAUUAAUAGAGCAAGCAGCUCAUCAGCUCGCCAUUCCAUGCCCUUUGGUACAAAACUGUAUCACAUUCCUGGGACCAAUCUUCUCUUCUUUCUCCAACUCCCAUGCCUCGAUCUCUCUCUUUCUCUUCCUCAUUGUUGCUCAGCAACAAUAUCAUAUAUUUCACUGGGUGCUGCUGCUUUAGCACAUCACAGAAUGAACUUCCGAUGAACCCCUGUUUGAUUUGAUUGCUGGCUACCGUUUUCUGGAAACAUGUUCCCACCAUUGCUGAUCUUGGUCAUCCUCUGCAACACUCUUCACCUCUCAACUUGCCAUUCUCAUUCUCCUCCUCCUCCUCCUCCUCCACCACCUUUACACUGCAACGAGACAUGCGGGGAACUCCCGAUUCCUUUCCCCUUCUCCCUCAACUCCUCCUGCGCUGCUUCUCCCUCAACAACAGCAUUCAGUCUCACCUGCUCCAACUCCACCGCGCUUUUCCUCACCAUCAACGCCGACAAAUACAGAGUCCUUCAAUUCUUCCCGGACGGGGUCCUCGUAGAUUUCCCUGCAUCCACUUGCCGCCAGUACUACAACCUCAACGCCUUCCCUUUCGCCGGGAACCGCUACUUCGGGAUAUCGGAAGAGAACGUCGUCGGGCUAUACGAUUGCGACGAUUCCUCGCUGUGCAAGCCUGGUUGCGAGACGAUCGAUUACCCCGGCUGCGACGGGGACAGCAACGGCUCCCCUGCUUGCUGCUACCCUCUCUCCGAUCGCAGUUCCUGGGAUUUGGGAGAUGGGUUCAAUGUCUUCUCCAAGUUUGGAUGCAGGGGAUUCACCUGCUGGGUCGUCCCUAGAGGGGCUGGCGUUGGGAAGCGCGGGGUCAAAUUGGAAUGGGCUCUCCCUGGCAAUUCGUCGAGCAGGUUGUGUGCGUCCGAUGCGGAUACGGUCAAUGCCACCACUGUCCAAGGGGGGCUAAGGUGCGUGUGCCGAGACGGGUUCGUCGGCGAUGGAUACGCCGGCGGCUCAGGUUGCUUGAGAACUUGUGUUAAGGAUGGCCGAGAAGCUCGUGGCGGCGACUGCUUGACCAGACGGCGGAGCGGGAAGAUGGUCUCCAUUUUAGCCGGAGUUCUGGGACCAAUUUUCGUCGUUGCGACGUUAACUGCGUUGCUCUGCUUGCUAAAGCGUCCUACAAACGGCCGGACGAACGAGCCAAACAACAAGGACAAAUUGCAGACCACAUUGUCCUUCAGAAAGCCCUGGACGACCCGUUCCUUCACCUACAGGGAGCUCGAGGAAGCUACCAAAUGCUUCGACGACGGCCAGAAGCUGACCGACGCAACUUCGAGCGGCGCAAUCUACGCCGGCCUGCUCGCCGACGGCUUGCCGGUGGCGGUUCACAAGGUGGAAUGCCGGGACCAGCGAGAUCUGAGCCAGGUCCUCUCGCGAAUCGAAGUCCUCUCCGCCGUCUUCCACCGAAACAUGGCUCGAAUAAUCGGCUGCUGCAUCGACUGCGGCUACACCCCGCUGGUCGUCUACGAGUUCCCCGGGAACGGCACCGUGGAGGAACACUUGCGCCGCCGCGAAGCCGGCGGCCUCGAUUGGUACCAGAGGCUGAGCAUCGCCGCGGAGACGGCGAGCGUGCUCGCCUUCCUGCAGCAGGAAGUUUCUCCCCCGAUUUUCCACCAUAAUCUCAGAUCCGCGUGCCUGUUCCUCGACGAUUGCCACUCGGUCCGGGUCGCCGGCUUCAGGCUCCACAUUGGAUCCGAGAUCGGCGGCGGGGGGAUUGUGCACCGGAGCGACGUCUACGAGUUCGGUUUGCUGCUGCUGGAGAUGGUGGCCGGGACGAAGAGCAGGGAGCUGCCUGCGGCGGCGAUGCAGAGGAGCGGGAAGGUAGAGGAGAUUGUGGAUCCGAAUCUGUACUACCACGAGCAAACGGCGUUCCGGCGGGAGCAGAUCGAGGCGGUGGCGGAUCUGGCGACGAGGUGCUGGCUGUUCGGCCGGGAAGGGAAGAUCGGGAUAGCGGAAGUUGCCAAGGAGCUGGUUCACAUCGCCAAGGAGAGCGGCGACGGCGGGAGCAGGAGAGGGCCGGCGCUGGAGGAGACAUUCUCCAAUUCCAGCUUACUUCAGAUGAUUUCAAUGUCUCCCGAUUCCAUUUAUGUGCAUUAAGCUUGGUCUUACUCGUAUCAUCGUCGUCUAUGGGUCCGCCGCCUGCCUGCUACUUGCUGCUUAUUUUAUUUGUUUCUUCUUCACUUUGAUCAGUAAUGUACAGCAACGAUUUGAGGGUUGUUGUUGAUGGUCACUUAAGUUAGGG